AGAGAGAUUCCCAAUAGCAGCUAGCAGGCAGUCGCUGUAGCUUCGUUCCUUCUCGCCUCUUCUCUUAUCCCGUCCUCUCUCAGCCGUAGCCGUCGUCGUCUCAUUCUCCUCCUCCUCCUCAAUCCCGAGCUCGUCGGAGAAGAAGGCGCUGGAAAAUUUCGCUGCUUCAGCUUCAGAGUUGUAAUUUGUUCGUCGAAGUUGGAAUGGCGCAUACUUGUGUGUCCACCGCGGCUUCCUCGCUCCGGUUCAAAUCGCUCGCUCUCUCCGGAAACCCUAGCUCGUCUCUCGAUUAUCAGAAGCUUUCCCUUCCCUUCGAGCCCCUUCGUUCGAGGAAACUUAAGAAGUUAGUCACCAAUAGAAAGAGCAGUCAGCACACUCCAGCGAAGGCCAUAUACUCUGGUGAUUCUUGGUCUCCUGAGAGGAGUUCUCGACAGGGCAUUUGGUCCAUCAGAGAUGAUUUGCAAAUGCCAUCUUCGCCCUACUUCCCCACAUAUGCACAGGGACAGGGGCCGCCACCGAUGGUACAAGAGCGUUUUCAGAGCGUUAUUAGCCAGCUUUUUCAAUAUAGAAUAAUACGCUGUGGAGGUGCUGUCGACGAUGAUAUGGCCAACAUUAUUGUUGCUCAGCUGCUUUACCUUGAUGCAGUUGAUCCUACUAAGGAUAUUGUCAUGUAUGUCAACUCUCCUGGUGGAUCUGUUACUGCUGGUAUGGCUAUAUUUGACACGAUGAGGCACAUUCGACCUGAUGUUUCAACAGUGUGUGUUGGUCUCGCUGCUAGUAUGGGUGCUUUCUUGCUCAGUGCUGGAACUAAAGGGAAAAGAUUCAGCCUGCCAAACUCGAGGAUAAUGAUCCAUCAACCACUUGGUGGAGCUCAAGGUGGACAAACCGAUAUAGAUAUUCAGGCCAAUGAAAUGCUGCACCACAAGGCCAACCUCAACGGGUACCUAUCCUACCACACGGGACAGAGCCUCGAGAAGAUCAAUCAGGACACGGACCGCGAUUUCUUCAUGAGCGCGAAAGAGGCCAAGGAGUACGGACUAAUAGACGGUGUGAUUAUGAACCCCCUCAAAGCUCUCCAGCCUCUGGCAGAAGCUGCAGGACAGUGAAAGAUCAACCCGGUGUGUUCGUUAAACCCUUCAGUCCAUGUAUGUUUUUUAUCUAUAGAUCCUCAAUUUUGAUGCUGAAUUAUCGGUAGUUACUUUGCAUCAUCUUUAUUGAAGCGGCUUGGAGCAUUUCCUUGCUUGUUGCUGUUGCUAAUGCUGCCUGCUUUUUUUUUUCUUUUUCACAGAGAAAAUGACAUAUUCUGAGCUAAAAUGCUAAUUAAUCUAUAAUCUAUAAUAAAUACGUAUUUGAGGGUGCC